UGACCUGUUCUGGUCAGGGCUCUUUCAGCCUCCAGCUUACCCUCAAAACCAGCCCUUGCCCUCAGAGAACAGAAAACUAACAGACAGCAGUUUAGAGGCCAGACAUGGGAGGACUUGGACUUUUUAUUGUCACCCUCCUUUUCCUCGGAGUAGCAGGAAGCUAUUCAAAUAUACAGGAGGCACUCCGCUGGACAUUGGCUGUGAUAAGCUAAGAAUGGAAGAGGAUAGCUUUGGCUUUGAAACAAGAGUCUUUCGUUUGCUCCUUUCUCUCCAGCGUGUCCAAAUGAUCCCCGAGACAUUGUGUUACUGAUUGAUGGGUCAAGCAGCCUUCGAACUACGAAAUUCCUUGAACUGAUGUUGUUCGUUCAACUCUUCUGUAAAACCUUUCCUGAGGAUACUCUGUUCUCUCUCCUGCAUUUCUCCGACAAAUCUUGGGAGCAUUUUGACUUCAGAUAUUUCCAAAACCAUCGAAACCUAGACACCGUGCUACAACACGCCAGUCAGCUGGGUGGCUCUUCCCACACGGCCACUGCCAUCCGGAAAGCUAUGGAGCAGUUCACCCCGCAGAAAGGUGCUCGCAGCAAUGCCAAGAAGUUCCUGGUGGUUGUGACUGACAAGAAGAAAGCCGGGGACCCCUUGGAGUAUACAGAUGUUGUCUGGGAGGCUGAGAGGGCUGGAAUCACGCGCUUCGCCGUUGGGGUUGGUCCAAUGUUCCUAAGCAGAAUAGCCCAGCAGGAGCUUCACACCAUGGCUUCCCACCCUGCCACGGAGCACGUCUUUGUCCUGAGACAGUUCUCGGAUCUCAUGGAUAUCCGAUUGAAAGAGAAGAUUUGUGCCAGUCACGGCCCUGUGAUUCCACAGCCCACAUUAGCACCCCAGAUUUCUUGCGCCUCGCGCUCUGAUCCCCGUGUGCUGCAGAAACUGGAGCAAGUGAUGCAAGCCCUGGAUCAAGUAAAAUCCAAGCUGGACCUGCUAGCUGCCAGGGAUGGGACCUGUGGACACAAUUCACAGGGUUAAUGUAGUUUCCAGCAGGAGGAGAGCGAUGGAAAGAAAAGUGGGGCAAGCUUAAAGAGUUAUAUUUGAUUCAGACUCAAGGAGCCAAACCUAUCUGAAUUUAAUCUGGAUUCCAAUAUAAUGCUGAAGACCCUUUGAUGCC